AGAAUACACAAUGGGAAUGUAAAUACUGAAAGUAAAUCUUGUCACAGUGUGCCGGAUAUGUGAUGAUAAAAUUUUGGGUCACUGAUCAAUAAACUUUUGUGUGAUUGUUUUAUGCAGCACGUUUGAGCUUGCGAAAGAACCAAUGAGAUUCAUUCUCGUGUUACGCAGCAUGUUUGAGCUUCCUCAAGAACCAAUGAGGUCCAUUCUCGUGUUACGCAGCAUGUUUGAGCUUCAGCAAGAACCAAUGAGAUUCAUUCUCGUGUUACGCAGCACGUUUGAGCUUCAGCAAGAACCAAUGACGUUCAUUCUCGUGUUACGCAGCAUGUUUGAGCUUCAGCAAGAACCAAUGACGUUCAUUCUCGUGUUACGCAGCAUGUUUGAGCUUCCUCAAGAACCAAUGAGAUUCAUUCUCGUGUUACGCAGCACGUUUGAGCUUCAGCAAGAACCAAUGACGUUCAUUCUCGUGUUACGCAGCAUGUUUGAGCUUCCUCAAGAACCAAUGACGUUCAUUCUCGUGUUACGCAGCACGUUUGAGCUUCAGCAAGAACCAAUGACGUUCAUUCUCGUGUUACGCAGCAUGUUUGAGCUUCCUCAAGAACCAAUGAGAUUCAUUUUCGUGUUACGCAGCACGUUUGAGCUUCAGCAAGAACCAAUGACGUUCAUUCUCGUGUUACGCAGUACGUUUGAGCUUCAGCAAGAACCAAUGAGGUUCAUUCUCGUGUUACGCAGUACGUUUGAGCUUCAGCAAGAACCAAUGAGAUUCAUUCUCGUGUUACGCAGCACGUUUGAGCUUCAUCAAGAACCAAUGAGGUUCAUUCUCGUGUUACGCAGCACGUUUGAGCUUCAGCAAGAACCAAUGAGAUUCAUUCUCGUGUUACGCAGCACGUUUGAGCUUCAUCAAGAACCAAUGAGGUUCAUUCUCGUGUUACGCAGCACGUUUGAGCUUCAACAAGAACCAAUAAGAUUCAUUCUCGUGUUACGCAGCACGUUUGAGCUUCAGCAAGAACCAAUGAGGUUCAUUCUCGUGUUACGCAGCACGUUUGAGCUUCAGCAAGAACCAAUGAGGUUUAUUCUCGUGUUACGCAGCACUUUUGAGCUUCAGCAAGAACCAAUGAGGUUUAUUCUCGUGUUACGCAGCACUUUUGAGCUUCAGCAAGAACCAAUGAGAUUCAUUCUCGUGUUACGCAGUACGUUUGAGCUUCAGCAAGAACCAAUGAGAUUCAUUCUCGUGUUACGCAGCACGUUUGAGCUUCAUCAAGAACCAAUGAGGUUCAUUCUCGUGUUACGCAGCACGUUUGAGCUUCAACAAGAACCAAUAAGAUUCAUUCUCGUGUUACGCAGCACGUUUGAGCUUCAGCAAGAACCAGUGAGGUUCAUUCUCGUGUUACGCAGCACGUUUGAGCUUCAGCAAGAACCAAUGAGGUUCAUUCUCGUGUUACGCAGCACGAUUGAGCUUCAGCAAGAACCAAUGAGGUUCAUUCUCGUGUUACGCAGCACUUUUGAGCUUCAGCAAGAACCAGUGAGGUUCAUUCUCGUGUUACGCAGCACGUUUGAGCUUCAGCAAGAACCAAUGAGGUUCAUUCUCGUGUUACGCAGCACGUUUGAGCUUCAGUAAGAACCAAUGAGGUUCAUUCUUGUGUUACGCAGCACGUUUGAGCUUCAGCAAGAACCAAUGAGGUUCAUUCUCGUGUUACGCAGCACGUUUGAGCUUCAGCAAGAACCAAUGAGGUUCAUUCUUGUGUUACGCAGCACGUUUGAGCUUCAGCAAGAACCAAUGAGGUUCAUUCUCGUGUUAUGCAGCACGUUUGAGCUUCAGUAAGAAGAUAGAUGUCAAUGGAGGAACAGAAAUCUCUCAGAUUUCAUCAAAAAGAUCUUCGUGUUCCAAAUAUGAAUGAAAGUCUUAUGGGUUUGGAACGACAUGAGGUUCAUUUUUGGGUGAAUUAUCCAUUUAAGGAACAGGGAGCAAAACGCUGUUAGGUAAGAAGGCUGCUGCCAUGGUGUUCCAUUUUUUUCCCCAUAAUGCUGUUUAAGUAGACAUAGUACAAUACAAUUUUCAGUGAUAAUCCCACUCUUACAAUAACUAUUGUUAAUAUCCCUUUGUUGGUCCGACUGUCCAUGGGUGGGGAUACAAAAAUGUGGAAGUACAGUCUGUAGUUUUCACGAAAGCCCUGGAGCAGUCAAAUAAACGUGAAUUUCUCGGGCCAGGUAACACAGAGAAAGAGUAAAAAUUUUAAUUUAAGUCACACUUCAAAUAUAAUGCCUUGGAAGAAAUGCCACAAGCUGAAAAAAACAUGUAAACCAACACGUCUCCAUCACAGGCAUUAAGCAUAAUCAACUGCACCUAUUGUCUCAGUGUAUGUUUACAUGUGCGGUUAUAAUUAAGCUACAGUGGGGUUUUUUUGGGUAGUUGAGCAGCAGUCUUCAUCUGCAUAAUCAAAUAUUAAAGGAUUAAAUACACAUUGCACAAUACACACUCCUGUCUUGAGCAAUCGCAUAACACAGAGGCCAACUGCAGAUUAACAUACAUACACAUGCUGGACGAAGACAAGCUGCAAUCACGUUAUAUAGGUCUGUUAAAUAAAAAUGAGAACAAUUUCAGUCAGACUAAAGAAUUUACAUGACAUUUCGAAAACAUUUUUGCUUUACCCUUUUGAAAAAAGUAAACUCUAGCAUUCUUUAAAAUAAAAAAUAAAAAAAUACUAUUCAGGAAAUAAUAUCCUUUAAAAGAAUAUUAUUUUACAAGCAAACUGAAUGUAAUGUUUACGAGCACGUAAUCACAUGUUUUUUUUAAUUAAAUAAAAUGUAUUCUAGUGCUUUUUGACCCACCUAAGUAGGACUUCGGUAUAUCUGUAUGUUUUUUUUUUUUAAGUCCACAUGGAAUACAAUUAAGCGCACUUCUUUUUCGCAAAAAAAAUCUGACAAGUAAAUGAGCUUUUUGAAAGCCUCAAGGUUAUACAUAAGGAAACCUCAAAUAUACAGUAUGACUGGAAUGUUUGUCGCCACACCCAUGUUUCGGAGCACACGUACAGCUGAUAGUAUGUCAGCAGCAGCGCGCACUUGUCAAUACCCACCCAACUGUGAAAUUAACAUUAGAUUAAUGUUUCUCAAAGAACAUUGAUGCUUAAAUUCUUUGGGCACACUGUCCCCAAUACUUUCAAUUACUGCUAAAUGGAUCCCAUCUUUGUUUAAACUAGCUCUUUUGGUGAAAAACUUCAUAGUUUAGAUGACCAUUAUUCUAAAAUGUGGAAAAUACUAUUAACAAAGAAUGAGUAGGUAUCUCCAAACGUCGACUGGUAGUGUAUAUGUAAGGUCUAAACAUAUCUGUGAGUUGUUUGAGAACUGCUCAUGUGACUGAAAGUGAACCCCCAUGGCAUUAAACUCCGUGUCUGCUUGGCUGCUUUUCCUGAAAGAGUCGCUUUCACUGCACCUUUAAAAUAGAGGCAUGACAGGUUCCAGAGGUGAGGACUAAAAAAAUGAAUGGCACAGAGGUCAUCGGGUUGAGUCAUUGUCACACUUGUGAAUUCCACGUGACGUUAAUACGCAUCCGCUGAAAGGUUUAAAACAAGCUGAAGCUGAAGUAUCAGAGUUGCUUCUUUAAUGCUUAAACAUGACAAGACGGGCGAGUUUUCCUGAAAGUAAUAAUUUCAACAGAGCUAAAUGGAUCAUUUAAUUCAAAAUAAACUGGGAAAUUUUGUUCCUUUUAUCUUUGUCUAAUCUGUGUCUAGAAAACCACCAUCUUUGCCUUAACACAACUUUACAGCAGACAACAGGUGCAUUUUUUUAUUUAAAUAAUUAAUUUAAAAUUAUAUUAAAAUAUAAAUCAUUUAAAUAAUACAUUUUAAUUAAUUAAUAUUAUUUACAUUUAAAUUUUAUUUAAAUUAUUUACUUUUUUUUUAAUAACAUUGUUCAUAGUUUUAAAUAACAAUUAGCCUAUAGUGGCUAGAUGGCUUUUAUUUUCAUUACACCAGGAAAAUUAUUAUAAUUCAGAUGGAAAGUUUGUUAAACAUGUUUUUGGAGCAUCACUAACGCAUAAGAUAUCUAUAGGUUCAUCUACAGCAUGUCAUGGAAGAAUGGUGACGUACUGUUGUGGUCAUUUCACACACACACACACACACACACACACAGAUCUCUCAGUUCACAUGUUCUUUAACCUCCCGUCCUCUGCAGUGAACAUUAUAUUUCAGUGAAUUUCUCUAAAAAUCAUACAUGUCACAGUUUUAGGUCCAGCAUUCAGGGCUUUUCAGAGAUACCAAAUGUUUGGAGGUUUCACCAGGACAACAACUCCUCCUUGGUCUUUAAAAAUGACUGACAUUAAUUUAGUGAUCAAAUUGACCACUCUCAUGGAAAUAUGAUAAUAUUUUAUAAUUAUCAUUAAAUUGGAUUAAUUUUCAAAUGGUUUGUUAUAAAUCAACAUCUCAGGAAAAUAUUAUGGGGUUUCAAAUCAAAAUAUGACGUUCUGUUACAAAACAGGGCAUUGAUUUCAUACAUGUCCACAGGACACCAGGACUUACAGCAUGUUUAUCAGGCAUUUUGGAAGAUAGGGAAAGAAAUUACGUAUAUUUCUUGAAAUAUUAGAUAUUAUGAAAAUGUUGCCAACUAUUACUCCCAUUAUUACACUUCUUUUUUCAUUACAUGUUGCUCCAAGAACACAUUAAUGCACAAAUUAGAUACAGGUUAUACGUGACCCUGGACCACAAAACCAGUCAUAAGGGUCAAUUUUUUGAAAUUGAGAUUGUUAGGAUAGGACAAUAUUUGGCCGAGAUACAACUAUUUGAAUAUCUGGAAUCUGGGGGUGCAAAAAAAAAAAAAAAAAAGAAAAAGAAAAAAAGAAAAUAUUGAUAAAAUCAUCCUUAGCCACUCACAAAAAUAAUUUUUUGAUAUAUUUACAGUAGGGAAUUUACAAAAUAUCUUCAUGGAACAUGAUCUUUACUUAAUAUCCUAAUGAUUUUUGACAUAAAAGAAAAAUCGAUAAUUUUGACCCAUACAAUGUAUCGUUGGCUAUUGCUACAAAUAUACCCGUGUGACUCAUGACUGGUUUUGUGGUCCAGGGUCACAUAUAUACAUUGUAUUGAAUGGGAAAACCCAUGUAUUACAGAUGCAUGAUAUGUCGCCCCACCAUAUUGCUAUCAGCCGAUAUAUGUUAAUUCUUAAUCUUAUCGUUAUCGGCCCAAUUAGAAAAUUUGGCCGAUAUAUUAAAGCCGGUAAAUAAAGGAUUAUUUCCUUCAGCUGAGACACUUCAGAUGUGCACUGUUCACAUAUGAUUGAAAUCACUUCAAAAAGGAAAAUACAGUUAAGCACAACAUGUACAGCGCAAGUCUGUCAUAUAAGAUACAUAAAAUUAUAAUGAGAACAUUAUAAUUGUGUACUUGGGACAUGGCUUUUAAUGGUGAAACUUUUGUUUUUGUAAUCAGGCUCUCAAAAAUUAUAUAAAAAUUUAGAUUUAGAUUUAAUCGGCCAAUAUAUUGGUUAUUGGUUUUCAAAUAUAAAGAAUUAUCGGUUAUCGGUAUCGGCCAAAAAUUUCAUAUCAGUGCAUCCCUACCAUGUAUGGCCAUUUUACAUGCAUAUUGCAUAAAGUAAAAUGGUAUAUCAAUUAAUUCCAUUAUAUCUUUCAUAACAUAGUUGAGAAUCAUCUUUAAACAAAGUUUGGUUAAAAAAAAAAUCCUGAAACCUAAAAGUUGAUUGGUGAAUGAAAAAAAAUUCCAUUGUUUUUGCCCAUCCAUGUCAUUUCAUGACAUUUUAUUUUUUAAACUACUGAGUCCUGGUGUCCACUACAGAGGACAUAGCAUAACAUAUGAAUAAAAUAUCAUUUUUCAAUUUCAUUUUUCAUCAUUUGUUUCUUAUGCUCUAAACAAUGUAAUGACAUGAAAAAAUACUAAAUUCAAAAAACAUUUUUUCCUGAGUCUUAAGAGAUUAAAGGGUUAGUUCACCCAAAAAUGAAAAUUCUGUCAUUAAUUACUCACCCUCAUGUCGUUCCACACCCGUAAGACCUUCGUUAAUCUUCAGAACACAAAUUAAGAUAUUUUUGAUCAAAUCCAAUGGCUCAGUGAGGCCUACAUUGCCAAUGAUAACACUACCUUUUUCAAUGUCCAGAAAGCUACUAAAGACAUAUUUAAAACAGUUCAUGUGACUACAGUGUUUCAACCUUAAUAUUAUAAAGCGACGAGAAUACUUUUUGUGUGCCAAAAAUAACAAAAUAGCGACUUUAUUCCACAAAAUCUAGUUAAGGGCGAUUUCAAAAAACUGCUUCAUGAAGCUUUAAAUGAAGCUACGAAUCAUUUGUUUCGAAUCAGUGGUUCAGAGCGCCAAAAUCACAUGAUUUCAGUAAACGAGGCUUCGUUACGUCAUAAGUGUUUUGAAACUUCAAUAGUUCACGUGACUUUGGCAGUUUGAUACACGCUCCGAACCACUGAUUCGAAAACAAAUGAUUCGUAAAGCUUUGAAGCUUC